UACAAUAUAACAAACUACUGUAGCUACAUUGUAUCAAUUAACGUGUUUACUGCUACGCGAUUACGUCAUGCACGCUCGAUCGUGGCCACUCGUGGUACUGGGUGGAAUUGUCCCAGCAGCACCACUCCGUCUGCCUCCGCCCACCAGUCAUGCUACGGACAGGGCUGCAACAUUUUCAGCCAAACUACAAGGAAACAUAAACGCAAAGUCGCCAAUUUCACUGAACAUACCAAGUUGAACGAUUCUUCUUCUAGACACAUCUGGUGGCGCGACAUUUCCGCUGGUUAGCGGGUGUACGCAUGGGAGUGAUCCGGCAAAAGCAAAGGCAGAAGGUAAAUCAGGAUAUCGUUUUCAUCCAGAUUGUUCUUUGGCGCACUGUCUCCUGUGACUGGUACAUUUACUGUCACUUUAGCUUUUCUAUCGAGAAAGAAAUUACAGGAAAGAAAUACAAAAUUCUGAUACCGAUAGCAUUGAAUAUGUGAAUAAGAUACAAAACCUGUUAGUCUAACUUAUAGAGAAUACUGUACAUCUGAAUAGGUUUGGCCUUUGUAGCUGGCUACCUGGGUUGGACGUGUCAUGAUGUCGGUAAAGCACGCAUACUGAGUCAUUCAUUAGACUACAAUCAGUCUGUGCAAUGCAUCCAGGUAGCCUAUUGAGGACGAACUCAAAUUCCUCAAUGUACAGUGACUGUGUGCCUGAGGUAUAAAAUGUUUGGCAACACUUACACAGAUUUUGUCCCAGGGUAAUUAUUAGUAGGGUGUAGAAUAAAAAAAAAAGAAGCAUCCAGCCUACAAAUUCAGGUAGAAUCAUAGUUAUAGUCCAAAGUAGGCUAAAUUGUAACUACAGAGUUAUUACAUAGGUUAUUAUUAUUACUACAGUGGUCUGGUGUAAAGUAAUGUGUGCUCGAAUGUUUUGUAGCUAAUUAGCAAAAUAUUUUAAAUAUUUGCAUUAUGUAAAUGCGAGAAAGUAAAGCAUUAUGACGUUCAGCUUCAAAUAAUAUUUGGUUAUUAGGCCUACUGAAAAGCCUGACCACUCCGAGCUAGGCCUACAGUUGUUUAGCUCACCCAUGUCAUCUUCCACAACACAGAUGCCCUAUAAUCAGUUCUGACCACUAGAUCGUAUUAUUUACGCAGUUGGCCACUGCGGGGUCAUAUCUGACCCGUGGGAUGAACCUGUGGGUUACAGUUGGCAGCUGCCCAUUGCGCCAUUGCUGAGGGACCAUGAGGCGUUUGUAGGUCACCAUCUAUCUACUAACUAGCCACAAGACUCUCGGCAUACCAGUGUAUCUGUCUGCCCUUACCAAUGUGUGUGUGAGAGAGAGAGAGAGAGAGAGAGAGAGAGAGAGAGAGAGAGAGAGAGAGAGAGAGAGAGAGAGAGAGAGAGUACAUGCAUUCGCGUGUCUAACAUAGGGUUGACUGCAAUAUUAUUCCUGUAUGUACGCAUCUCUUACAGUUUUUUUCAAUUGCUAACAAGCAUCGGUCAAUACUGAAGCCACUUUUUCAAAACUCUUCACACAGUCUGCAUUACCAACAUGCAUCUUGGCCAAACAGUUAAUCUCACCUCCAAAAUACACUAAAACCACCAAAACACUUCAAACAUGUCUCAAAAUAAGCUUGUUCGACCAUAACACUGGCAACAAUUCUCACUCAGAAAGCAUACAUUGUCACUCAUAACACACUGACCUAAAAAGCACUAACAACAGGGAGCAUUACAUAAAUGAUUAACUUUCCUCUUUGAAGUUUGAAUGAUUUUGCACAUAAAUCAGUAUUUCAUUAUAGAAUAAAAAUAACACAAUUUCACUUUAUUGAGUGUACUAAAGUAUAUGUAACAAGAAUGAUUCAGAAAUGCAGCAAUUUGCUUCAUUAGCCUUUAUUCUUUCUAUAUCUUUGCAUAUAGUAAUUUACUUGUGAAAAAUAAAAAGUUGAAACAAAAAACAAAUUCCUGAAAUUCCAGGGCUGCAAUAAUAAUUACAAAAACCCCAUCAACAACAUGUAUAGUAUAAUCACUCAUACUGUACAGUACUGUGAGGGUUCUAGUUCUCCCCCUCUCCUGCAUUUGGCCACAAGUUCUCAUCAACAUCACAUCUUAUUUCUUCUCUGGCGAUGCAUCUUGGAAAGUAUCUUCUGGAAUGUCUAAUCCAGUCCUGGCAGUCUUCAGGAGAAGUGUCUCCACACCCCGCAUUCAUGGCAUCCAGUAAGGACGUCUGGUCAUGUGGAUGGUGGUCAUAAACCUUCCACCUCCACGCAGAGACAAACUCCUCUAUGGGGUUUAGGAAGGGGGAGUAUGGAGGCAGGAAUAGUACUGACAUUCUGGGAUGUGCAGCAAACCAGUCUGUGACUGCAGCAGAGUGGUGGAAUGCCACAUUAUCCCACACAACAACGAAGGUAGGGGAGUUUCUUGCCCCUCUCUCCUCCGCUGGCACAAGUCGAUUACGCAGGUCAUCCAGAAAAGAAAUGAGCCUCUCUGUAUUGUAGGGGCCAAUGAGUGGUUUGUGUAACAGCAAACCAUCAUUGGACAGUGCUGCACACAUUGUGAUGUUAGCUCCUCUCUGGCCUGGGACAUCCACGGUUGCUCUCUGUCCAAUCACAUUUCUUCCCCUGCUUCAUCCUUAUUUUAUGUUUCUCUGGCAAUUGUCGUUGUGCUGACCGUAUUCACAUUCCCAAAAGUGAUAUUGUCUGCCACCACUCUUUCCCGAAUUUCCCGCAGUUCUAUUGCAUUGUUGCCAAUUACCAUGUCAACAAUGGCAAUUUCCUGCGCAUCUGAUAAUAUUCUGUCUCUCCCUCCGGUGGGAGGCAACCUUUGGAUCCUACUGAAAAACACAAAACAAUCAAUGUUUCAAAAUGUCAGUACAUGUAAAAAUGAGAACAUACUGUAUUGUACUGUAAUUUGUAGUUCAAUUAUCAUUGAAGGAUGCACAUCUCACCUGUUGAUUUUCUGGAAAAUUCGUACUAUUGGUGCAACUGUUGAACGCUGAAGAUUUGGUUGCAUCCUUAAACCGGCCUCUCUCAAAGAGAGACCAUGGUUUACAACAUGGUCAAUAAUUGUGGCCCUUAUCUCAUCAGAGACCACCGCUCUUGGUCUUCCUCUCCUUUGUCCUCCACACGUUCUCCCUCUACCCUGCCACUCUUCUUUCCCCACCAACCUGUCUUCCUUGAUCCAUGUUUCCAAACUAAAUCAUUCCGAAGCCGUCCUCUUUCGUCUGUUUGGUAACGAGACUAAAAACAGGACACUUGGGUAGGCUUUCAGCUGAAAUUGCAAUCAGCUGUGUUUGGAAUGAUGAAAUAUUCUGCUGACAUUUUCUAUAUGUUUCAAUCUGGUUACUGCAGAAAUGCACAACAUUUGCCAUCAUUCUGUUUUGAAUGUGUUUUUAACAGUUUUGGAAACUUAGCAUUUGAAAACAUGUGCUGCAAAUAUAUAGUUUUGCAGGUGGUGGAGUAUGAAUGAGAAAAGAGUUCAUGGAUUUCGGAGAAUGUGGUCAUUGAAUGCAUUUUGUGUGAAAGCAAUGAAAAAUGAUUCACAGUUUGGUCCACAUACACUUCUGUUUUGCUGACUCUGUGAAGAGUUUUGACCAUUUGACUUCAGUUUUGACCAAUGCAUGUUAGCAAUUGAAAAAAAACUGUAACAGGUCUGCAUGCUGUUAGUUGCUGCCGAUCUGAGCUCUACCUGACAAGGAUCAGGUGAAAAACAGCCUUGUCCUUCAGUCACAACAAGAAAUAAGCUAAUUUAACUGUGAAUGUUCCAGGGGAGAUUAAUCAUGGUGACGUUGCUGUUUUCUUCUUUGUUUUAUUCACCCAGAACAGCACAGCUUUAUAACUUGCAUUUAAGAUUCUUAUGCAGAUGUGGUGCUGUAUGCCCAAGCACUACAUCUGCUUCUCUGGGUAGAGUUCUGCUGCAGCCCACUAAGAGGGUACUGCUCACCCUGAGUCACAUUCAGCAUGCCCCUGCCCUGUCCAUGUUAUGGCUGACCGGUUCUGGGAACCAUGCUAAGGGAGGAAACAAGAUAGCGUCGUAUCGCCCAAGGUUCCUCUAUGUCAUCCAGCAUCAUAGAGAUUACUGUUAUGGCCUUCAGGCACUCCGAAGAGAGAUUGUGUGGGCCCUGGAACAGCGUUGUGUUUGUUGUGUGUGUGUGUGUGUGUGUGCCUGUGUGUGUGGGUCUAUGUGUGUGCGUGUGUGUGUAUGUGUGUGUGUGUGUGUGUGUGUGUGUGUGUGUGUGUGUGUUUGCCAGCUAAUAACAGACAGUAUGUCCCAUGACUACAUUAUUAUUUAUUACACGCAGUCAUGCAACUAUAAUGAAAUAAUGGUUCCACGUGAAUUGGUCUGUUAUUUGUGAAUCUUUCCUAAUGUAUAGUUAUUUCCCUCUCUACUCUAGAAGUAGUUGUAAUCACAGUAGUGCUAUAACAUGGGCCCAACAACAUAAUCUGAUAUGAUAUUGGAUGAUAUUAUCAUGAUAUUCAAAUUCCUCUGUUUUCUCUCUCCUCAGGUUGUAUCCUAUUUGUUAGUGGCAGCCUGGUGGGAGGAGCCAUGAGUGAGGGGGAGGGGCUCUUCCACAGCGUGCAGGUGGGUGACUCCACCUUCACUGUGCUGACCCGCUAUCAGCAGCUCCGCGCCAUCGGGUCUGGUGCCCAGGGCAUUGUCUGGUGAGUGGGCAUGGCGCUGCCACACUGUUAUUUAAACUCCUCACAUUCAUCCUGCUGUUGCAUUGACUGUGAACAUGAUGAGUCAUUUCUUCAAUAGACGAUGGAAUACUUUGUUCCUCUGUAAUCAAGGUGUGGUGUCCUAUUUUCAUGGAAAGCAGUAAUAACAGUGAUAAAUAUGAUGGCGUCUCCUCUCCUCCCACUCCUCUGUGUGUCUGUCUAUGUAGCUCGGCCCUGGACAGUGUCCUUGGGGUCCCUGUGGCGGUGAAGAAACUGAGCCGGCCCUUCCAGAAUCAGACCCAUGCCAAGCGGGCCUACAGGGAGCUGGUGCUGCUCAAGUGCGUCAAUCACAAAAAUGUACGUCACUGUGGACAUGCUCAGCUGAUCUUUUAGCCCUCAUCAUUUUGGCGAAUUCCUUUGUGUGUGACAUCAUCGACUCACUAUACUGCGUGUGUGUGAAAUGAUUGAUUUAGUCUUAUUUCACCAAAUGAGUGUCAUGUUUCAGUCUCCUGAUAUACUGAGUUUCUUCUCCUUUCUAGAUUAUUAGGCUGCUGAAUGUCUUCACACCACAGAAUUCACUGGAGGAGUUCCAGGACCUGUAAGUCUGCUGCAGGCUCAUACGUUUUUGCUUAUCCUUCUAUGGUAAGCAGUAUUCUCCUCAUGACUGCUGCGGGGCUGCACUGGCUCCUUCCUAUGAGGGUCUGUUGCUUGAGAGAGAGGAUGCAAUGUAAUCACAAGCUUAGUAGUGACCUUCAAAGCGCAUACACAUUUCAUCACAUUAUUAUACAUAAAAAAGAUCUACAUUACCCUAUAGCAGGAGACAGAGGAAAUAACAGAGAAAUAAGCUCAGAGUAAUAUAUAGAGGGAUACCUUAAAAUGAAAGUUGAAAUAGUUUUUUCGGAAUAAAAGAGCUCAUAUUACGACCUCCAUUAUGUACAGGACCAGUCAAAGGUUUGGACACAGGGUUUUUCUUUAUUUUACUAUUUUCUACAUUGUAGAAUAAUAGUGAAGACAUCAAAACAAUGAAAUAACACAUAUGGAAUCAUGUAGUAACCAAAAAAGCAUUUCAAUUAACAGGUGUGCCUUGUUAAAAGUAAAUUUGUGGAAUUUAUUUCCUUCUUAAUGCAUUUGAGCCAGUCAGUUGUGUUGUGGCAAGGUAGGGGGGUAUACAGAAGAUAGCCCUAUUUGGUGAAAGACCAAGUCCGUAUUAUGGCAAGAACAGCUCAAAUAAGCAAAGAGAAACGACAGUCCAUCAUUACAUUAAGACAUGAAGGUCAGUCAAUCUGGAAAUUUUCAAGAACUUUAAAAGUUUCUUCAAGUGCAGUCGCAAAAACCAUCAAGCACUAUGAUGAAACUGGCUCUCAUGAGGACCGCCACAGGAAAGGAAGACCCAGAGUUACCUCUGCUGCAGAGGAUAAAUUCAUUAGAGUUAACUGCACCUCAGAUUGCAGCCCAAAUAAAUGCUUCACAGAAUUCAAGUAACAGAAACAUCUCAACAUCAACUGUUCAGAGGAGACUGCGUGAAUCAGGCCUUCAUGGUCAAAUUGCUACAAAGAAACCACUACUAAAGGACACCAAUAAGAAGAAGAGACUUGCUUGGGCCAAGAAACACGAGCAAUGGACAUUAGACCGGUGGAAAUCUGUCCUUUGGUCCAAAUUAGAGAUUUUUGGUUCCAACCGCUGUGUCUUUGUGAGACGCGAAAUAGGUGAACGGAUGAUCUCCGCAUGUGUGGUUCCCACCGUGAAGCAUGGAGGAGGAGGUGUGAUGGUGUGGGGGUGCUUUGCUGGUGACACUGUCUGUGAUUUAUUUAGAAUUCAAGGCACACUUAACCAGCAUGGCUACCACAGCAUUCUGUAGCGAUACGCCAUCCCAUCUGGUUUGGGCUUAGUGGGACUAUCAUUUGUUUUUCAACAGGACAAUGGCCCAAAACAAACCUAUAGGCUGUGUAAGGGCUAUUUGACCAAGAAGGAGAGUGAUGGAGUGCCGCAUCAGAUGACCUUGCCUCCACAAUCACCUGACCUCAACCGUAUUGAGAUGGUUUGGGAUGAGUUGGAACGCAGAGUGAAGGAAAAGCAGCCAACAAGUGCUUAGCAUAUGUGGGAACUCCUUCAAGACUGUUGGAAAAGCAUUCCUCAUUAAGCUGGUUGAGAGAAUGCCAAGAGUGUGCAAAGCUGUCAUCAAGGCAAAGGGUGGCUACUUUGAAGAAUCUCAAAUAUAAUAUGUAUUUUGAUUUGUUCAACACUUUUUGGGUUACUACAUGAUUCCAUAUGUGUUAUUUCAUAGUUUUGAUGUCUUCACUAUUAUUCUACAAUGUAGAAAAUAGUUUAAAAUAUAAAGAAAAACCCUUGAAUGAGUAGGUGUUCUAAAACUUUUGACUGGUACUGUAUAUGUUAGAAAACUCUAGAUGUCAGUGGGCGGGGCUACAUAAUAGGGGGGUCAUGGUUGGCUGGACCAGAUGUAAGUACUGGGAUCUAAGGAGUGGUUGUCCCAUGGAGUUAGAAAGAGGACUCUAGGUGGAUAUAAGUGGUUUUAGCAUGGACUUUGAUGGGGAGUGGGGCUGACCCCAUUUAGUCGACUGGUCGAUUGUUUAGUUGAUAGGCUGUUGGUCGACCAACAUUUUUUUAGUCGAGCACACGAGACACCUGUCUGAUUUGCGCCUGUGUCUCAGUGGACUAAUCCAUUGAGGAGGCGGCAGGGAUGCCACGGUCCAAGAAUAAGGGGAGUGUGGCUAAGAUGCACAAGGCACGUCUCUCUCUCCAGAAUGCACUCUCCCACCAUUUCGUGCGUAUUUAUUGUUUCAUAACUUCAUUGUGUGCAUUGUUUGCUGUGUCUAUCAAUUCCCCAUUACAUAUAUCACCAGUAGUAGCCUACGUUUACCGUUAAUUCCCAUAAUUUCUAAUCUGUAAUGUUUGUUUGGUUACGGUAAUUUCUGUUAGGCUAAUGCAUUCAACAUAUUAUUAUUACAGUCGUUUACUGUUCUCAUUGCAGAGCUCACGACCUAUGCUACUCUUGUGAGAAACACGUUUUUGUUUAUUACAUUCCAUAUAGGAGUUUUGUAAAUGUAUUGAUUGUCUUUUGUUUGAAACACUACUGUCAAUGUUGAGUAAGGACACAUACCUGAUUACGCAUACAGAAGUAGGCCUAGGCUACCUGGCCUGAUUGGUCUGAUUAGUUUAAUUCCAGCUCUCUCCCUUUCGAUAACCACUCGGCAUGAAAGCGAAAAAUGUAAUGCUCUGAUCCAGUGGAAACGUCAUAAAAUACAUGUUUACUUCUUAUUCCUUGCACAAAUAGUGUACAACUGUGUCUGGCCCGAGCUCACUGGCGGGGGAAACUCUUUGAGGGUCCAGAAUAUUUUAUCUAAUGUUGCGAGUUUGCUAGCGCGAGUUUCGGGCUGAUCAAGUUGAUAGUUGUAAUGUUGUAAGUUUGUUGCAAACAGGUGAUGCGUAGCCAAUGUGAUUUAUAGGAUAUUUAUUUUUAUCAGGAUAUUUUCUAACUGCAGGCUGCAAAGUCUUUAUUUGUUGGCUUUAUGUAGGCUAUUUUUUACAUAGUUGGCAAUGGCAAUAAAAGUAACUUUUAGAUUUGUAUAAUUUUCAUUUAGAUUGAGUUAGUAUGUAGAUUAACCACAGACAAUGAUUUUGAGAUACAAAGUAUAUAUAAAUGAAAUUAAACUGUUCCACGAAAAUGUGCAUAUGAAAAUCAUAACUGGCACGCAGAUCGGUAGAAAUGGUAAGAUAAAUUGGCACUCCAAAUGGACCGCUGGUGUAGCCUAUUACCGGAAACUUCAGGAGCAUAACGGCAGAAUCUGCAAAGGCCAGCAGGAGGAGGGUCGGGAACCAGUUAUUUUCUUAUUUUUAGGCUAUCGUGAUCUCUGGCUCCCUCUUGAGUCAUUUGUGUAUCUUAAUUAUUUAAUCAAACUGUGUGCUUAAAGCAAGUUCAGUACAUAUACAGUAGUUGAUUUUAUUAAAACACAUAUGGUGUGUAUAUAUGGAAAAAUACACGUUUUACAAUUUCGACCAAUCGAUUGAAAAGAUUAGAAAAGACGACUCUUGGUCAACCAACAUUUUUGUUUAGUCGGGACAGCCCUAAUGGGGAGGUCGAUCUAACUCUAUGGGUGGUUUCCCUCUGUCUGUCUGCCAGCUACCUGGUGAUGGAACUGAUGGAUGCCAGUCUGUGCCAGGUCAUCCACAUGGACCUGGACCAUGAGAGGAUGUCCUACCUGCUCUACCAGAUCCUCUGUGGCAUCAGACACCUGCACUCUGCUGGCAUCAUCCACAGGGUCAGUCAUUGGCUGAUCGUGAAUAUGUGUUGUAUGCAGAGUGAUAACAUAAGCCAUGUAGGACAUUACAUUUAAGGACAUCUACUGUACUUUCCUAACAUGUUGAUUUGAGUGUGUAAUCCAUCAUCACCAUCACUACCAUCAUCACCAUCAUAACCAUCAUCACCACCAUCAUCACCACCACCACCACAUUUACAUUUUAGUCAUUUAGCAGACGCUCUUAUCCAGAGCGACUUACAGGAGCAAUUAGGGUUAAGUGCCUUGCUUAAGGGCACAUCGACAGAUUUUUCACCUAGUCGGCUCGGGGAUUAGAACCAGCGACUUUUCGGUUACUGGCACAACGCUCUUACCCACUAAGCUACCUGCCGCCCCAUCAUCACCAUCAUAACCAUCACCACCAUCAUCAUCAUCACCCCACCAUCAUAACCAUCACCACCAUCAUCAUCACCACCAUCACCAUCAUAACCAUCAUCAUCAUCAUCAUCAUCAUCAACACCAUCAACUUAUUCACUUUGUUUGUAUCUUCUCCAGGACCUGAAGCCCAGUAACAUAGUGGUGAAGUCUGACUGUACUCUGAAGAUCCUGGACUUUGGGCUGGCCAGAACAGCCUGCACUAACUUCAUGAUGACCCCUUACGUUGUGACCCGAUACUACAGAGCACCAGAAGUCAUCCUGGGCAUGAAGUACAAAGAGAAUGGUAAGAAAUGCUCAAGGAUGUUACCUUCUAUUCUCAAUCUCACCAACAGGAUAAAACACUAUUAGUUACUUGAUUAUAAAUGUCUAUCUUGCACUGUUGAUAAUCUAUGGCUGUUCUCCUUUUACCAGCAGCAAGGGUCCACAUAUGGCUGGUUAUGGUGCUGUGUGAGAUGAAUGUGUGUGUGAGAUGAAUGUGUGUGAUGUGUGUGUAACCUCUAUGUUUGUUUUCCUCCAAGUGGACAUCUGGUCAGUGGGAUGCAUCAUGGGAGAGAUGGUGAAGGGUAGCGUUAUAUUCCAGGGCACGGAUCGUAUCCUUACCCAGUCAAUCUAUAACUCCCUAUAUGCUGUCUUUACAUCUAUAAUAUGACCAUUGUGUAAGUCGCUCUGGAUAAGAGCAUCUGCUAAAUGACUAAAAUGUAAAUGUAAUGUGUCUGUGUGUUUAAACUGUAUUUGGGUCACUAUUAGAGAUGUUGUAUAAUGUGUCUGCCAGGUUGACCUCCCCAUCACAAGGUCAGGCAUGUCAGGAUGUCCUUCCUUUCUUUCCACAUUCAAUUGAAACAACAACAUCAGCUAGCUACUUCCUUAGCUUACAUGCAUUUAAUUCAAAGUGAUGAAUUGAUGGUCCGUACUAACUGGAAAUAGACUUGAAAAGUCUGAAUCCUAACUGCUAAAGCCUCUUGCUACUGCUGUGUAUGGUGCAAUAUUCAAUAUCCCAUAUGUUCCUGAACCUCCCAUGAGGUAUAACUAGGUGUUUUGCAUUAGUUUGUAUGUGUGUCCUGAACCAGCUCCGUAUCAGACAUUGACCAGUGGAACAAGGUGAUUGAGGUUCUGGGCACGCCCCCCAUGGAGUUUAUGAACCGUUUGAUGGAGACUGUGAGGAACUAUGUGAUGAACAAGCCCCAGUACCCAGGGGUCAGCUUCUCUCAACUCUUCCCUGACUGGGCCUUCCCGGCAGAGACAGAGCAGGAUCAACUCAAGAGUAAGACUUAUACCACCUACAGAUGUCUACACAGAUCUCUCUCUCUCUCUCUCUCUCUCUCCUCUCUCUCUCUCUCUCCUCUCUCUCCUCUCUCCCUCUCUCCUCUCUCUCUCUCUCUCUCCUCUCUCUCCUCUCUCUCCUCUCUCUCCUCUCUCUCUCUCUCUCUCUCUCUCUCUCGCUCACUUUUCAUUGAUGAGCACCUUCCUAUCUGAUGUGGACAUGACAUUGGCAGCUUUUCUGCCUUCUUAUCACUGCAGCCAGUCAAGCGCGGGACCUGCUGUCCAAGAUGCUGG